AUGUAUGGAUGUCAAAGUUGUGUUCAUGCAUAUUCACAUCGAUUACCAAUUACUUUCACUAAUUAUAUGCGUACGAAAUAUUCAUCAUCUAUUGAAAUAGACAAAAAUAUUGAAAUUGUCAUUUGUCCAAGUUUUUCCUCUAAGGAUACUCCAAAUAGUCUUUUAUCGAACAAAGAUAUUGUCGAACGAAUUGUUGCUUUCUCAUUUCCACAUGUUAUUAAACUACAUCCUCUUACAUAUCAACUUAAGAACAAUAAAAAUCCAUUAUUUUCGUUGAGCGAAUUAGAACAAGAAAAUGUACGAAAAUUUCUUACAUCAAAAAAUAUCUUACCUGACACACAAACAAACACAUUAAAACUAAUCGAACAUGCGCGUGUUCUUAUUUGUGAUUCUGAUUCGUCGACCCCAUUCGAAGCACUCUAUUUCAACGAUCAGAAACAUAUUUUAGUUUAUGAAACAAUGGAACAACAUGACAAUGACGAUGAUCGACGAACAUAUUUUCAUAUUUUUCACAAUGCUGAACAAUUGACUAAGUUACUCGAUCGUUACUUUGCCGGUGAACUUGAAUGUAAAACAAAAAAUAGUCAUAAAUUCUUCUUAGAAAAAUAUGAUGAACCUGAUGGAAAAGAAAUAGAACGACUUGGUAUUAUACGCCAAUGGAUGUCGAAUCAUCAUGAUCUUGAUCAAAAUUUUGAUAUUGAAAAAAUCAAACAAGAAGUGAAAUAUGAAUUUGAAUCAUUAUCAACACAAAUGAGUCUUUAUGCGUUAGGCGAAUACAUGCCUACAGAAAUCGACGAACUCUAUUUACCAGAAGAUAUUGAUAAAGGUGAAGUAAUAUCACGUCAAGACGUUCAAGCACGUGCACGUUAUUUAAAUGAAAAAUAUGAUUAUGAUAUAAAUGAAGCAUGUACAAUUCGGUGUUUUGGAUCUGAAGGAAUUGGUCCAAAUCUUUUAAUUGAUUCUACUAAAAAAGUACAAUAUUUAAAUGAAAUAAAAGAUGGUUGUAUUAUUGGUUUUCAAUGGACUACAAGAAUGGGUGUACUUGCUGAAGCAAAUGUUCAUGGUGUUCGUUUUGAUAUUCAUUAG